AUGUCUACCAAACUCGAUAGUAUUAGACCGACUGACAUCGGAUCUGAAGAUAAUAUGAAAGAACAUGAUGGGAGGCUAUAUAAUGGUGUACAAGACGAUUAUGCCUUACCUGCCGAUCAAGAGGAGAUCCGGAGACUGAAUUCCCAACACAAGGCUUUGACUAUGUUAUUCAAUGGUUUGAUCCCAAAGAGUAUUCAAACAUCUUUACUCGCCCAAUCGUCCCCGAGAAUACUGGAUGUUGGUUGCGGAACUGGAAUUUGGAGUAUCCAAAUAGGCGAGGUGAUCACUCAGGCUAGUGUCACUGGGGUUGACCUCGUAUCUAUCCACCCACCCGAUUAUCCCUCUAAUAUCAAUUUCGAGAAAUUAGAUAUCCUCCAAGAGUUUCCAGAUGAAUGGGAGGGAUCGUUCGAUCUCGUCCAUGCUAGGUACCUGAUAGCUGGUAUCCGCGAUUUCUCACUACUCCUCUCAAGGCUCACCAAGCUUCUCAAGCCUAACGGUCACCUGGUUGUUGUUGAACCCCAAGCUCGAUUUAGGACAGUUGAUAAUGACAUCAAAGAAGUCUGCCCGAUGACUUCUAGAAUCAGUACGGUAGUAUGCGACGCAAUGCUCAAACUCGGAAUUGAUCCUGUCCCGGGGAAGGAAGUAUCCACUUAUCUCCAGCAGAACCUCAACCUGGAAUACGACGAGGUGGAAACGCAAACUUUGGAUAUGCCCUUAUCCCCCUGGUCAUAUGAUCCAAGACUUCAUCAAAUUGGUCAAGCUCACUUACCCAACUCGCUCUCCCUCCCUGGCGCUUUCCGAAGAUUGACCGUAGGAUCAGGAAUGACCACUGAACAGGAGUACGAUGAGUUGACAAAAGGUUGUCAAGAGGAGAUGAUCAAGGCGGAAGGAAAAUUGGUUUUACCUGUUUGGUUGAUCUGGGCUAAGAAGAAGUAA